AAUUUUGUUAAUUUUUUUUUAAUAUAUUACAUACUUGUCUGGCAUAUACCAGCAAAGACUAAAUUACAACAGAACUCAUUAUUUGUGUCCUUGCAUGAGCACUGUUUGACUUUUCUUUGGCUCACUCGCUCUCAAUCUGAGCAAAUUCACGUAGUAUAUCUAAAGACCCAUACCCAGCCCUAGUUGAUAAAUCAGUAUUGCUAGUUUGUUCUCACUUCUUUAUACACGAUUAUAAAUAUCAAAAGUAUCAAGAUGGUAGAAAUCCUAGUACAAUGAACCAAACGCUGGAAUGAAUUUUGAGUUUUAUAUCCCUUCAAGUGGAAAAGUGAGAGCCAGUAAUAUACUGGAAUUGAUUCGAACAAUGUCACAACCAAAGAAAAGACUAUUAUAAGCAUUGAAACGUGCCCCAUGAAGCUAAAUAAUCCAAACAAGGGGCGAACAACUGUUUAUUUACAUUGUUACAAAAUAUAAACUAUGAAAUAAGACAUAAAGUGAUAAUUGUUACAUUUUUUCAUUUUUUAAAAAGUUUUAUUCUGUCAACCUUUGUUGUUUCUUGCACAAGUGUUAUAAGCGAAAUAUGAACAUUGUAAAAGCAAAAUUAAACUUGUCUGCAAGAGUUUAGCAGAAACAAUUUUGCCAAACGAGCAGAUGAUUUCAUUCGAAUAGAUCUAAACUUUUACUUUCGAAAAUGUGAUUUCCUUUAUCACCUGUAAAAAGCAGAUAAAUUAUAUGUGACUGCUACUAAAAUUGAUUACUUUAGAGUUGGUGAAAUCAUGAUUAAAGCAGUCAAGGCUGAAUGAAAGGCGUCAAUUAAUUGAAGACACCUGUAGUACAGAGAGUAGCGUGCAUUCAUACAGACUAAUGUUAAGUAUGCAUAUAUAUAUGUGUGCAUGUGUAAUUGAGAGUGUGCGCUAACACAUUAAAAGCAGUCUUACAUGCACGCAACGGUAAAAGAAAUUAAUAGCAAUAAAGCAUCUUAGUAAAUAAUUAAAGUGCAAAAGAAUAUUUAAAUCAAUAAGCUGCAAGUAAAUAAAUGGUUAUGUGAAAAGUUUAUAGGGAGACUUUUUGAACGGUUGACUGUUUUCUUUCCAUCGCGGCUAUCGGUGUCUUCCGAAAAAUCAACAAAGGCCGCUUUGCCAGUGAAAAUAAUAAUAAAAAGCUUCAGCCAUCAUCCAGAUAUCUUCAGAAGCCGCACAGCAAUCGACAUUUACCAACUUCGGCUACCACAAAAACCAUACAUUAAAGAUACAAUGACCAACUAAGAUAUCUUGUUUACAUUAAGCAGAAGCAACCAUGUUAGUGCACCAUGUUGAAGGAGUGUGUACUUACACAUAUGACCAGGAUCUUUAUAUCAAUACAAGUAACAUUCGAUCAAACUCUCUUCUUGACCUUUGCUGCCAAUAUGUUGUUCAACAUGCUUCAUUAACUUUGCAAGCCUUGGAUUAUCUUCCAUCACAUCUCUAUAGAACUCUCACAGGAUUUGCAGUUGUUGGCCAUCGAGAUAGGGCUUUAAACUUCUUAUUACCAAACUGGCCAGAUCAGAAAAUGAGUGUCUUUGAUUUAGUUCAUGAUCAUUAUACAUCAUUUAGUACAGUAGUACCUUGUACAUGGGCAGAAGAGAAAUACUACUUACCCAACUUCAUUAUCACAACAUUUGUUCAUAAACUACUUCAUUGCUUAGAAAGGGAACUUCCUCUAACAUUGCAGUUGUUGGACUUAAGCGGUUUUAAUAUAGAUGACCCAAAACUGCUGAAACUGUGUGAAUAUGUCAUUGGAAAUCAAAACUUUACUCCUAGAAAAAAUAUACAAUCUGUGGCAAUACGAUUAAAUGCUGUUUUGACUAGAGCAGAUACUUUCAAGAAACUGGGAGAAGCUUUGGCAAAAUGUAUGAAUUGUCGCUUAAAAAUACAAAUCAACAGACUAGACAUUCGAUCAAUGCCAUACAUUGUUAUCAAACGUUUGCUGGAACUACUGAGUGGCAGAGAGUAUAUUCAUGAAAUCACUCUAAGGUACAACCAUUUGAUGGUGCGUGGAGUAGUAGCCUUGUCACCUUUCCUUCGAAUAAUGACAAGGCUGACCCAUCUAGAUCUGUCUUGCAACAACAUACGCCUGCAGGAUCAUUUUAACUUUGGUACACAAAUUUUAGGAGAACUUUUUGCACAGCUCAGCUGCUUGAAAGAACUGAAUAUGAGCAACAACUGGAUAAAAGGAAACCUUCAUUUACUACUUUCUAGAAUAUCACAGCCUCUUGAAUCUCUCUGUAUCUCUGGUUGUGGUAUAUCUAUUGGAGAUUUAAACUAUCUGUCCAAAUGUAUUCACACCACUGGCCUAAUUCAUUUGGACUUGAGUGAAAACAAUUUAAGUGACAAAUUGCAACCCAUGUUAGAAUUUUUAAGUGCAGCCCGCAAAAACUUAAAGCAUUUUGAAGUACAAAAUUCCAGGCUUUCAAGUCACCACAUGGAAGAUCUUGGAAGAAUGGUUUGUCAAAUGGAAAAACUUGAGUACCUUAAUUUGUGUUCAACAGUAAUUUGUGAGUCUGACAUGUUUAAAUUGUUACGAACAAUCUGCAAUGCUGCUAACUUAAAACACAUAUGUUUUACUAGUCAUAUUGAGAUGGGUCUUAGUAUAGACAGCACUGGUUUCAUAGCAGGAGAUAUACCAAAACAAAUUCACACAAUACUUCUACAGAACAGAAGAAAUACAGGACUUAAAGUCUAUUUUAAAAUUACUCCUGAUACUUACUAAUUUGCAUUUUGUAUAUCAUUUCUAAUUUUAUAAAGCAUUCAUAUAUAAAUGAUAUUUCAAAUCAAAA